GGCCGCCGGGAAGGGCCCUGGGGCGGGUCCAGGGGGUGCGGCUCCGCUGGCUCUGGAGCGCGUUCAGUGCUGGAAUGUGCCAGGAAAGGUCCUGCUCAGCCGGGCAGUGAACGGCGCGGGAGCGAAGAGCUGCUCUGUGCGGUGCUGCUUCCUGAAAAACAGUCCUGACUGCUUUUUGGUUCUGUUACUUGUUACUUUGUGUGCUUUCAAAAUGAGCAGUGAAGAUGAAAUAAAGGAAAAACUGGAUGCGGAAUUAGAUCGCUAUGUCGUGGCUAUGAAGCCCUGUGUCCUUAACCUGCAGAACAGUUCACAAAGAGAAAGAUGCUCACUAUGGAUUAAAAACCUCUGCAAACCUUCAGAAGCAGGCAUAGGAAUAGUGGAAAGGGAGAAUCAAAACUUGUAUGCAAAACUGCUGCUCCACGUGCUGCAGAGAGGAGUUCUGAAUGGUCCCUUCAGCCAGAAACCAGAGGAAGGAAUGCUGAAAACUUUGCCUGCCUACAUGUCAGUUUAUUUUGAUGAACCAAGUUCACCAAAGGUUGGGAACAGCCGCCCUGACUGCUUACCUGAGUGGAUGGUGGGAGAGCUGGGAAACCAUGACAGUAAUGAAUCCUCUGUGGAGGACUUAUCUUCAGCAACAACUCCUGCACAUGGACUCAAUGAGAAGCCAUCAGUAAUAUCCCAUUGUCUGAGCUCCUCUCACCGGACAGAUGAAGAUGACCUAGGCACGUCACUGUCUCUGGAAAUGAAAAUGAAAACAGCAGAAGGUAAAUUUGAUGAAGAAAAAUUGAAGUUACAACAGAAGCACUAUGCUGAUGUUCAAAAGACUUUGGAUAGAAAGAAUGAUGAAAUAGAUGUGCUGAAGUCCACCUACCUAAAGAAACAAAAAGAGUCUGAGGAUAUGAUAAGAAAACUGGAGAAAAAAAGAAUUCCUUGGAGUCCAUUCACACUAUGGACUAAACCACACUGGAAAAUAAUACAGAAGUUUGUUACGCGAUCGCAAAUAAAUUUAGUUAUUAAUUAUUAAUCCAGAUUGGCUUGUCCGUAUUUAUAACAGGGGGGAGGGGAAAACAAAAUUCCAGGGGGGCACGGCAAAAUUCCAGAGGCAUAAAGACAGGAAAGAUAGAAAAUACGAGUGGGUAAAAUCCACCAGAAUUUGAAGCAGAAAAAAUAAAGUAGAGUGGGAGGGAGCCCCAAAAUCCAAGGGGGGGGGGGAGGGGAGAAACCAAACCCAAAAUUCGAGGGCAAAAAACCCAACCCAACCCAACAGCAAAAUUGGAGGGGGGGAGGGAAAUCCCACAAAAUUCGACGAAGAAGGAGGGAAUCAAUUUCAAGAGGAAACAAAAAAAACCCAAACAAAAAAAUUGACGCUGUUAGAGACACAAGCAUUUAUUAGAAACUAUAUUAUUAAUACCUGGUUUCUUUAUAUAUAUCUUGUGGUUUUACGUUAGCAUAGUCAUGAUUUUUCUGAGUAUAUUAAUAUGAGAGGAUGCCAUGGGUAGAUGUUUCUGUAUCCAGGGAGUUGGGAAUAUUUUGUGUGUAAUGUGAGUAAAUGAAGAUGAACAGGUCUAUUACUUUAUGGAAUACUUGACGACAUAAAACCAAGGUAAAAGUC